AUGCCGUCAAGCACGCCCGAUGAUCGUCCCAAGGCGACAGCGGUCGCAUACCAAGGCGAACCUCUCCCCAACGUCCCCGAGGACUUGGUGGUCCCAAAUAUCCUAAGCCUGGACUUCGAGGAAAGACUCUGGGUUCCCCAAGCCCCGGACGUCUGGUUCCGACCUAUCCUCUUCAACGUCUCCCAGGGCUACUUCGUGAACCUGCUCCGCGUGCGCCGUUCGGGCAUCCUGUCGCGUCAUCGCCAUUCCGGUCCCGUCCAUGCCACUACGCUCCGCGGCAAGUGGCAUUAUCUCGAGCACCCCUGGUGGGCAACAGAGGGGAGCCAUGCUUUUGAGCCCCCCGGCGACAUUCACACGCUCGAAGUACCGGAUGGGGUUGAGGAAAUGAUUACAUUGUUCCAUGUCACCGGGGCAUAUAUAUAUGUCGAUCCCCAGGGGGCGCCCCUUGGUGUGGAGGAUGUUUUCUCGAAGCUUUCUAGCGCAAGGGCUCAUUACGAGAAGGUUGGGCUGGGGGCGGAUUAUGUUGACCAGUUUAUUCGGUGA